AUGAGAAAUGAGUUUCGCGGACCGGCGACGUCGGUGUCGAAGGAGGAACGCGCCGACGGCGUCGUUUCGCUGCGCGUAGGAAAGACCGAGGUGCGGUUGAACGGUGAUCACUUUGAGAAAUUGAAAACGCUUUACGCGAAUGCGUCGUCCAAAGAGUUUGUCGAAAAUGAUUUCCUGUUCGACGCGUUCGCGAUGGUGUGUCGGUACGACGCGGCGGCUGGCGGGCAGUUUCGUUUUUCCGGUGGUUCUCAAGCUUCGUUACACGGGCAAGUUUUCGACGUGCUGCGUGACUGCUUUAAAGUCGAGUGCGAGCUCUUCGCCUCGCCGUUGAACUGUCGCUGGCCCAUGUAUUACAGCAAAUACGGUGACGUGGACAAGCCCUUCGGGUCGCUGGGGGACUUUCGCGCAUGCAAGCCCUCAGGAGGCGCGUUCGAAGCCAAUCCUCCGUUCGACGAAGACGUCGUCGCGCGCAUGGCUGAACAUUUGUUCGAGUGCUUGGACGCAGCGUCUUCCGCGCUGACUUUUGUCGUCGUCACCCCGCAUUGGCCCAAUCGCCCGUGUUGGGAAAAGAUGAGACGCUCAAAGUUUUGCUCUCGCGCCGAAGUGAUAUCGGUUCGCGAGCAUGGUUAUUACGAAGGAGCGCAGCAUCGGAAGAAAUCUCGAUAUCGAUUAGCGACGAGCGACACGAGCGUGUUGUUCCUUCAAAACGAGUCCGCCGUGGAGAGUAAUCCUGUGACGGACGAAAAAAUUAGUCUGCUUCGCGAGGCGUUUCGCGCGAAACGCGACGCGAAAAAAUAG